AUGGAACUUACACCACCGAUCAUUCGGCUGCUUAUAGCCCUUUUUGUAGCUCUUGGCAGUCUAACAUACGGUUACUCUUCUAGCAUCAUCGCUACGACGCUGGGCCAACCUUCAUUCCUGACCUAUUUCGAUUUGGACACGCGCUCCGAUACUGCUGGCCUCAUGGGUGCCAUCAAUGGCGCCCUCGUCACCUUGGUUCCGCUCUAUCAAAGUGAGACUGCCCCCGUUCGAUCUCGCGGCUUACUAGUUGGACUCCACGGUGUUCUCAUCGGUACUGGAUAUGCGGUCGCUGGCUGGAUUGGUGUGGCUUUCUACUUUGUCAAUGCUGCCGGGGCGCAGUGGCGCAUCCCGCUGGCGAUACAGUGCCUUCCGCCGCUAGGUCUGGUUGCCGGUGUUCUAUUCCUCCCUGAUACCCCCAGAUGGCUACUCACCAAGGGCCGAGAUGCAGAGGCAUACACAUCUUUCAAGGCUGCGAGGGUUGAAGAAACAAACAACAUUGCAGACGAAGACAAUGUCCGAGCAGAAUUUGAGCAACUGCGAGACGAUCUCAUAAAAGAAAGAGAGCAGAUGCUCAGUUUUGCCGAUCUGUUCAAGAAACAGUCAAUGAGAAAAAGAUGCCUGAUUGGGUUUCUUACAAUGGCAGGUGCACAAGCUACUGCCACUAUCGUUAUCAACAAUUACGGCCCUACACUUUACAAGAGCCUGGGAUUCGGCACUGUUCAACAGCUCGUCAUGGCAGCCGGCUGGGUUUCAAUCGCUCCUUUUGGAAAUUGGUUCAACGCCGCUGUAGUUGAUCGCCUAGGAAGAGUGAAAAUGCUCAUUAUCGGAAAUGUAGGCUGUAUUGUAGCUCUCGUUGGAGAAUGUAUCACCGUAUCCAUCUUUCAGCUUACCAGCCACAAGUCUGUUGCAGCGGCAGCCGUCUUUUUCCUAUUUCUCCAUGUCGGCUUCUUCACUUUAUUCAUAGAUGCAACUACCUACAUCUAUGCCAGCGAAAUCUUCCCCACACCAGUAAGGGCUAAAGGUCUUGCCGUUUCAGUUUCGGGUCUCUUUGUUGCGACCAUCAUCUUCUUACUGGCUGCUCCGACCGCCUUCGACAAGAUUGGGUGGAAGUACUACCUUGUUUUCAUUGUUCUAACAUCUAUCAAUACCUGCGUGAUUGGACUUUAUUUCCCAGAGACGCGCCAACGUUCGCUUGAACAUAUGCAAGAACUUUUCGGGGAUGCGAUUGAAGGCGUUGCUACCGCGACUGAGAGGUCGAGUGACAUUGGAGACCUAGGAACCGAGAAAACCAAGGGUCCAGUGAUUGCGGCGAACGACGUCGAAUAA